CAGUCGCUGAAGCGAACAGUUGCUGCAUCGCUGCCGCCUCUCUCCAUCUGUUUCCACUCUGUUCUUCUUCACAAAUCCACGACUUCAGGCAAUUAUUUCAUUCACGAGGAGGAAGAGGAGCUGAUGAAGAGUUAUUUUGGUUAAUUGCUGACUCACUCGGAACUGGAGGGGAGUGGAAGGGAUUUCUUGCAACGCCGCAAGGCAACUGGGGAUUCCUCCCUGGGAUUUAUUUGCUGGUUUUUCUGCAGAAAUCUUUGGACAUUUUGUUGUGUUUUGUGAGCCGAAGCUGCCUGUAAUGGGAAACAGGUGGAAAUGUGAGGGUUAACCCCCCCCAACUGCGCUGCAUGUUGGCGAGGCUUCCCUGCUUCUCUGCAGCCAAAGAUCCGUACGCUGACAAAUUGCACCUCAAUCAGGUGCAACCUUGGUGUGUGCUGCUCGGUUCUGGGAACACUGGGAUCUGAAGUGAGUGAGCAGAAAUCUGUGGAAGUGGAAGUGGAGGACGGUUCGGUCGUUUGGUGGACUCAGGGGAGAAGAUGCCAGCCAUCCUGGUGGCCUCAGCCAUGAAGUCAGGACUCCCGAAACCCAAACCGGUUCACAGUGCCCUCCCCAUCCCCCAGGCCCCCAGCAGACCGUCGGCCUUAGCUCUGCCUUCGGCGCCGCUCAAGAGCCGGCAGGUGUCCACCAGACCGCCAAGGAGUUCUCCGGAGUCGGAGGCAACUGGAAACCCUCAGAUCUACACGGACUGGGCCAACCACUACCUAGCCAAGUCGGGACACAAGCGGCUCAUCAAGGAUCUGCAGACGGACGUCACGGAUGGAGUGCUGCUGGCCGAGAUCAUACAGGUCGUCGCCAAUGAGAAGAUUGAUGAUAUCAAUGGGUGUCCCAAAAGCCGUUCUCAGAUGAUUGAGAACAUUGAUGCUUGUUUGAGUUUCCUGGCAGCUAAAGGAGUCAACAUCCAGGGUCUGUCCGCAGAAGAGAUUCGUAAUGGGAAUCUGAAGGCGAUCCUCGGCCUCUUCUUCAGCUUGUCUCGCUACAAACAGCAGCAGCAGCAGGCUCAGCGGCAGAACUCCCAGCCCAGCCUCGCGCCGGCGGCCCAAACCCAGAACACACACCCGUCCCUGAGCCAGCAGAGCAGCGCUCCGGCACAGCUCAGCCACUCUCCGCAUGGGACGCCCGCCCUCACAGCACAGAAAGCAGCACAGGCCGAGAUGCAGUCCAGGGAUGCUUGUCAGAGUAAACUUCUCAAGUUUUCCAUUGGUCAGAAAAAGAGCUCUAGACUUCCUGGCCCGACAACACGGGUGUCCACUGCUGGCGGUGACGUCCCAGCCAGAGGCUCGGUCAGCGCUGCUGGAAACCGGCGCAGUCAGGGCUGCAGCGACAAGACCAAAGCAAGUUUACAUCCCAACAAAGAUUCCUUGGAGGGCAUGACCUCACAGCUGUCUGUGAUGACUGAGCAUGCUCCAUCGUCUGCAGUGACCGUCGGCUCCUCCACCAGCACCCUAUCUGCUACCUCUCACCUGGCUCCUCCAUCCUCAGCCUCCCCGUCUACUGCCAUUCCCCAACCCAACAGCAGCAGCAAACCCUGGAGGAGCAAGUCAACGAGCGCCAAGCACACCAACGCCCAACCGCCAUCGUCCACUAGCAGCCCGGCAUCCGCAAUGCAGUCCAACAAGCCAGAGAAGGACGCAUCGACCAAGGUUGAAGCUCCUCCUAAAGCCGCCACCCAGAAGUCGAUGCUUGAGAAACUUAAGCUGUUCAACAGCAAAUCGGGAUCUAAAGCGGCAAUACCCCAACCGGACGGCGCCGCCCAAGUCCGGACGCCUGUGGAAAGAUCGGAAACCGGAUCCAACACUGACCCUUUGGAGGAAGAAGAUGGCAACCUUCGACCAGGGAUGAAUGGGACGACAGCUUCGACAACCGCCAGCAGCCCCAAAAUUGCUCUGAAGGGUAUUGCCCAACGCACUUUCAGCAGAGCUUUGACUGCCAAGAAGGGUUCAGUGAAAGGCCUGGACAAGGAGAAAGGGAAGGAGAAGGAGAAAGGGAAGGAGCUGGGCAAACGUGGCCCUGACAGAGCGGAGCUGAGGGGGGAGGAGCUUAAGGAGGAAGUGGCGCCCGCUCCUCCGGAUGUGGAGGCGUCCAACAAAAAGACGUCCAAAAUUGCUAGUUUCAUUCCCAAGGGGGGAAAAGUAGCCAAAAAGGAGAGUUCCACCCCAGCACAAAGCGGAAUACCAAAGCCAGGAGGCAAAGCCCCGGGAGCUGGGGGCAAAGCUUCUUCAGCAAAGGAGGCGGCGGAGAGGCCUCGGAGCAUGCGCCUGGGCGGAGGCGGGCUCGCCAUGCACCGCGGCCCUCUGGACCGAGACAGGGACAGCAGGCACUCCAGCUCUACCUCCAGCUUGGCCUCCACUGAAGGGAAGCCCGGCGCCGCCCCGGUGGCGGGUUUAGGCACUACGCAGAGCACGGCCAGCAACACUGUCAGCGUGCAGCUACCUCAGACGCAGCAACUGCACAGCCACCCCAACACGGCUACUGUUGCACCUUUCAUGUACAGAACACAAACAGAUGGCGAGGGAACGGUGAACUCGGAGAGCGGCUCAGUGGGAAGAGGCGGAGACGUUUCCUGCACAAAGACCAGCCAGACCUCCAUCGAAGACCUUUCAGGUGAAGACCCAGAGACCAGACGGCUGCGCACCGUCAAAAACAUCGCAGACCUUCGGCAAAAUUUAGAAGAGACCAUGUCCAGUCUGCGGGGAACUCAGGUCACUCACAGUACUCUGGAAACCACCUUUGACGGCAGCGUUACGACAGACAUCAGCAGUGGCGGCGGCGGAUUGUCCGGCAACAGCAGCAGCGGCGGCGGCGGCGGCAGCGGGAGCGGUCGAAGCAUCCUCAGCCUUACCUCCGCCCGCUCGUCGCUGUCUCCGUGGCGACUGGGGCAGUCCAGCCCUCGUCUGCAGGCGGGCGACGCCCCUUCUGUUGGGAACGGCUACGGCGGGCGAGGCGGGCGCUACCUGUACCCGGGGCACCUGCGGAGGCAGCUGGCCGGCAGGGGCGGCGCUCUGUGCAGCGUGGAGCUGGGGGACAGAGCCGGAGACGAAAUGGAGCUGGACGGCCCAGCCAUGGAGGUCACCGGCUACAUGAGCGACGGAGAUGUGCUGAGCAAGAACGUCGUGCGCACUGAUGAUGUCACCAGUGGCUACAUGACCGAUGGAGGUUUGGGUCUCUACACUCGCCGCCUGAACCGACUGCCUGACAGCAUGGCUGCAGUUCGAGAGACGCUCCAUCGGAAAGCGUCGUCAGGACAGGGAGACGCCGACAGCUGGGAUGACAGCAGUUCGGUAAGCAGCGGCAUCAGCGACAACAUCGACACRGAUGACAUCAACACCAGUUCCUCCAUCUCCUCCUACGCCAACACRCCUGCAGCUCAGCGCAAAGGCCUCAACACACAGCCUGUGACGGAUGCGGAGAAGCACUCUGCCUCCACAACGGCUCACCAAGCUUGGACCGGAGACGAGGCGAAGCGGCCCGACGGCGGGCUGGACGGCGGCGUCAGGAUGGACGCCAAGUGGAGCCGCAGGAACUGCGACGUGUCCGACGAGUCCGACAAGGGCUGCUCGGGCAGGAAGUCCAACACGGGCUCCUGGAGGAGGGGCAUGAGCGCCCAGGUGGGGGUGACGUCGCCCCGCACUAAAAGCACCAGCAGCACUGGCUCCACGGUUUCAGUCGGCCUGAAGAGCCACAGCUCGGGUAAAACCGACGACGUGAAAGUGUCGGAAAAAGGUCGCCUCUCUCCGCGCUCGAACGGCCUCCAGCGCUCGCCGUCCGACACCGGGCGCAGCAGCGGCGACGAGGCCAAGAAGCAGCCGGCCGCCGCCGGCCGCACCGCCGCCGCGCCGCUGACGCACACCGUCUCCGACCCGCAGUCUCACACGCUCAUGCUGUCGACCCGCACCCCGACCAGCACCUUCGGCUUCAAGAAGCAAGGUCACGGCAUGGUCACCAUGGUUACCGCGAGCGGCGCCACCAUCACCAGCGGCUCGGCCACGUUGGGGAAGAUGCCCAAAUCAGGAGGGCGCUCUCUGUCGGGCGGCUUAAAAUCGGGCGGGCAGGACGGGGGGUCUGCGUUGGGUCACCAUGACGACGGCUUCCUCCCGAUGAGCGCCCGGUCCACUCUGCAGUACCGCAGCCUGCCCAGGCCCAGCCGCUCGGGGGCCGCCGCCCGUAACGGCAACCGCUCCUCCACCAGCAGCAUCGAGGCGGCCGUGCUCUCCGUCACGUCUCACGGGAAAAACUCGUUCGGCGUCGCCAAGCCCAACGGGUCAGCGGCGCUGCUGUCCAAUCAGACGGAUCGCGAGAAGGGCGUCUCCGAGAUCGACAACCUGAGAGGCGGGAUGCAGAGCGGCCCGGCGGCGGGAAGACAGCAGGUUUCAUCACCAACGCUUCGCAGGUUGUUUGGCGGUAAGGCCAGUAAACAAGCUCCGGUCACCACAGCUGAAAACCUGAAGAACUCCACGGUGAUCUCCAACCCCCAUGCCACCAUGAACCACGUCCCGACGGUGCUGGAGUCGCCCGAUGGCGCGCUGGGCGGCGCGGACAGCGAGACCAGCAGCCCCUUGUUUGGAGGCCGAGCCCUGGGGUCAGGAACCGGGACUCUGGGCAGCGAGCAGGCCUCCAGCCCAGGAUCGAUGUAUUCCUCCACCGGUCCCUCCAACAGCCUGACAUGGGGAACCACCUUCAGCGGCUCGUCUGUGCCGAGCAGAGAGGGCACCCUGGGUGGGCACGGUGGGGCAGGCAGCGUGGGAUUCCCCUCGGUCAGCAGCAUGCACACCAGCAGCGAGUCCAUCGACAUGAGCCUGAGCAGCGCCGGCGGACUCGGGACGCACCGCGAGGACACCGUCUCUGCUCUGGGUCGCACCGGGAGCGUCAAGACCGGCAUGUCGGAGAGUCCCCUCUCCUCGCCCUCCGCUAGCCCCAUAUUCAGCCGAAACACGCUACCUCGGAGGCAGGACAGCGGGCCACACUGUGGUAGAAACACUCUGCCUAAGAAGGGAUUCAGGUACGGUCCGUCUCAGCAGCUGCGGGGUCAUGAGGACCGUGAUUGGCUGCGCUCCCACUCCACCAGUGGGCUGCAGGACUCUGCCAGUAACUCACCGUUCUCCCCCGGCUCCAGCCUCACCUCCCCCUCUGGGACUCGCUUCAACUUUGGACAGCUGGCAUCCAGCCCAACCUCUGCAGGUCAGAUCAACAUCGCUGGUCUGCGCAACAACAGCCUGACCAAUCAGGACGCUCCUUUUGACCCGUGCAGCGACRGCCGACUGAGAAACUCCUGCAUGUCGCUGGACGAGAAGACCCGCACCAUGAGCCGGUCGGGAUCCUUCAGGGACGGCUUCGAAGAAGUUCAUGGCUCAUCUCUGUCUUUGGUGUCCAGCACUUCGUCCAUUUACUCCACGAACGAGGAGAAGUCUCAGUCGGAGAUCCGAAAACUUCGCCGGGAGCUGGAUGCCUCCCAGGAGAAGGUUUCCGCCCUCACGACACAGCUGAGCGCCAAUGCUCACCUGGUUGCAGCGUUUGAACAGAGUCUGGGCAACAUGACCAUCAGGCUGAAGAGUCUGACUCUGACUGCAGAGCAGAAGGACUCUGAGCUGAACGAGCUGAGGAAGACCAUCGAGCUGCUGAAGAAGCAGAACGCUGUUGCUCAGGCGGCCAUUAACGGAGUCAUCAACACACCUGAGCUUGUACCCAAAGCAGAUCGGACAGCUGGCAGUAAUGGUACGAUGCUGCAGCAGCACCAGCAGCAGCAGCUGCAGCAGCAGCCAGACCUGCGCAUCAGGCGGCAGCACUCCUCCGACAGCGUCAGCAGCGUCGCCAGCGCCACCAGCCACUCCAGCGUGGGAUCCAACAUGGACGCAGACGCAAAGAACAAGAAGAAGAACAAGAAGAACUGGCCGUCUUUUUCUGGGGAUAAGGCACUUUUGUGCACCGCUGGACAAAUCCAGGAUGAUGAUGAUGAUGUCUACGAGCUGCGCAGCUCCUUUAAACAAGCGUUCACCAAGAAGAAAUCUCCCAAAUCCGCCUCGUCUCACUCAGACAUCGAGGAAAUGACGGACUCUUCCCUGCCAUCCUCCCCCAAACUGCCUCACAACGGCACUUCGGCCUCCAGCCACAUCCUCAGGAACACACACUCCAACACCCUAUUGUCGGAGUGUUUGGACAGCGAGGCCGAGACGGUGAUGCAGCUGCGGAGUGAACUCAGGGAAAAGGAGAUGAAGCUGACCGAUAUCCGCCUGGARGCCCUCAGCUCGGCGCAUCAGCUGGACCAGCUGCGGGAGGCCAUGAACCGCAUGCAGCUGGAGAUUGAGAAGCUGAAGUCGGAGAAUGACCGCCUGAAGCUGGAGAGUCAGGGCAGCAGGACGGGAUCGCAGGCGUCCAUCUCGGCGUCUCCUCCGCCUCACACCCAAAGCCAGAGCGCGGGCCCCGCCGCGGGCCUGUCCCAGCACAGCCUCAACCUCACCACCAGCGAGUCGACCAGUCUGGAUAUGCUGCUGGAAGACACGGGUGGAGAAGGUGGGAUGAGGAAGGAGGGUCGACACGUAAAGAUCGUCGUCAGCCUCGACGAGGAGAUCAAAUGGGGGGAGGAGGGUCAAUCUCGCCACUUCCUGAUUGGUUGCAUCGGAGUGAGCGGCAAAACGAAGUGGGAUGUUUUGGAUGGAGUGGUCCGACGCCUCUUUAAGGAGUACAUCACCCAUGUUGACCCGGUGAGCCAGCUCGGCCUGAGCACAGACAGCGUUCAGGGUUACAACAUCGGUGAAAUCCAUCGGCCCAGCAGCUCCAGUACGGCCAGUACGCCUGAGCUGCUGCCCUGCGGCUACCUGGUGGGAGACAACACCAUCAACAUCCAGCUCAAAGGUGCGAGCAGUGAAAACGUCGACUCUCUCGUGUUUGACACGUUGAUCCCGAAGCCGAUGCUGCAGCGCUACGUCUCCCUGCUCCGGGAGCACAGACGGGUCAUCCUGUCCGGGCCGAGCGGCACCGGGAAGACCUACCUGGCCAAUCAGCUGGCGCGACACCUUCUGCUCCUCGAGGGCCGACCUCUGACCCCGAACGCUGUCGUCACUUUCAACGUGGAUCACAAGUCCAGCAAGGAACUUCGUCAGUACCUGUCAGGAUUAGCACAGCAAUGCAACAGUGUUUCUGGGGAAGACAGCCCCCUGGUGGUCAUUCUGGACAACCUGCACCACGUCAGCUCUCUGGGAGAAAUCUUUAACGGCCUCUUCAACUGCAACUACCAGCACUGCCCUUACAUUAUCGGCACCAUGAGCCAAGCCACAUCUUCAGCUCCAAACCUGCAGCUUCAUCAUAACUUCAGGUGGGUCCUGUGUGCCAACCACACUGAGCCAGUAAAGGGAUUCCUCGGUCGCUACCUGAGGAGGAAGCUAAUAGAGAUGGAGAUCGGCAGCCGGACCCGAAACGCAGAGCUGGUGAAGAUCAUGGACUGGGUGCCGCGGGUUUGGCACCAUCUGAACCGCUUCCUGGAGACUCACAGCUCCUCUGACGUCACAAUCGGACCCCGCCUCUUUCUGUCAUGCCCCAUGGAUGUGGAGGGAUCCAGGGUUUGGUUCACCGACCUGUGGAAUUACUCCAUCAUCCCCUACAUGCUGGAGGCCGUACGCGAAGGACUGCAGCUGUACGGCCGCAGGGCAGCGUGGGAGGAUCCAGCAGCCUGGGUGAUCGACUCGUACCCCUGGUCAUCCACGCCACCUCCAGGCGACUGGCCACCGCUGCUGCAGCUCCGUCCUGAAGACGUCGGCUUCGACGGCUACUCUGCACCGAGAGAAGGAGUCCGGAAAGAGCCGCCGCAAAGCGACAGCGAUGCAGAUCCACUGAUGAAUAUGCUGAUGCGCCUGAAGGAAGCGGCGACGUCAUCGAGCCCGCAGAGCUACGACAGCGACUCCAACAGCAACAGUCACCAUGACGACAUCCUCGACUCGUCGCUGGAGUCGACCUUAUGACAUCGCAGAAGCACAAAAGCUUGACUAUUUCUACUCCGUUCUCACCGUGAUGAGAACUUCCUGGCACAAAAUGCAGCCACGUUUUUCUGGGUGCAGGUAACCCAAAAAAAAAAA